ACGAACGUUAAUAACAUUACAGAAAACAGAACGGAGAAAUCACAAUCACGAUGGGAAUGGGCAAGGAAAACGACGGCGGAGAUUUCAAGCUGGUCGGUUUCUCCAACUUCGUCCGUACGAACCCGAAGUCGGAUCGGUUCGGAGUGAGGCGGUUCCACCACGUCGAGUUCUGGUGCGGCGACGCCACCAACACCGCCCGCCGCUUCUCAUGGGGGCUCGGCAUGCCUCUCAUCGCCAAGUCCAACCUCUCCACCGGAAACCUAAUCCACGCCUCCUAUCUUCUCCGCUCUGGCGACCUCCAAUUCCUCUUCACAGCCCCUUACUCUCCCUCCAUCGCCGCCGCUGCCGCAAAUCAAACCACUGAUUGUUCCUCCGCCGCCAUCCCGACCUUCGAUCGCGCCGCCUUCCUCUCCUUCUCCACCUCCCAUGGCCUCGCCGUCCGCGCCAUCGCCGUCGAGGUCGAGGACGCCGAGCUGGCCUUCGUCACCAGCGUUGCCCACGGCGCUAAGCCUUCCUCUCGUCCGAUCUUCCUCGAUAACCGCGUUGUAAUCGCCGAAGUUCGCCUCUAUGGCGACGUCGUUUUGCGCUACGUUAGCUACAAAUCCCCCGCGGUGAGCGAUGAAUUCCUCCCCGGAUUCGAGCCGGUGGCGGAGUCCUUCCCCCUGGACUUCGGAAUCCGGCGACUGGACCACGCCGUCGGGAACGUCCCCGAGCUCGGCCCCGCCGUGUCGUACGUUAAAGGAUUCACUGGAUUUCACGAGUUCGCGGAGUUCACGUCGGAGGAUGUAGGGACGAGCGAAAGUGGGCUGAACUCGGUGGUGCUGUCGAACAACGACGAGACUGUGCUGAUCCCGAUGAACGAGCCGGUGUACGGGACGAAGAGGAAGAGCCAGAUUCAGACCUAUUUGGAGCACAACGAAGGGGCCGGGGUCCAGCACCUGGCGCUAGUGAGCGAGGACAUCUUCAGAACCUUGAGAGAGAUGAGAAGUCGCAGCGGCGUCGGAGGGUUCGAGUUCAUGCCGUCGCCGCCGCCGACUUACUACAAGAAUCUGAGGCACCGGGCGGCGGAAGUGUUGACGGAGGAGCAGAUGAAGGAGUGCCAGGAACUGGGGAUUUUGGUGGACAGGGAUGAUCAGGGCACUCUGCUCCAAAUUUUCACCAAACCUGUUGGAGACAGGCCGACUAUAUUUAUAGAGAUAAUCCAGAGAGUGGGGUGCAUGAUGAAGGACGAAGAAGGAAAAUUGUACCAAAAGGGUGGAUGUGGAGGUUUCGGAAAGGGAAACUUCUCCGAGCUGUUCAAAUCCAUCGAGGAAUAUGAGAAGACACUUGAAGCCAAACAAGCUGCCGGCUCGGCUACUGCAUGAGAGUAAUUAUAUUUAGUUACCUUAUUUGCAUUUAUACUGCAACGGUAAUUUCUGAUGCCAGUUUGGCAUAGUCGUUCUUGACAUAAUAGAAAAGUCAGAUUGUGCAUAUGAAGUUAUGAACUUAAUAACAGACGCCUUUGGCAUCUGAUUGUGUAGAAGUGCGGUACAAUGAAAUGAACUUCAAGGCUUCUCUAUGAUAACUACACGACUUGCUUAUUUCACUCUUGAAUGGUCCAGAAAUAAGUUCAAGCUCGAGUAAACUAUAAUUUCAACAUAUAUAUUGCGACUUUACACCUGUUGUAGGGUAAUAUCUAAAAGAAGGUGAAUGGCUGUGGAGCCGGUUAAGCUGUUGUUUUGUAGGUAAGCAAGUCCCUGUUUGGAUUGUUCAUUCUCUAUAUUCUUACCUAAAACGCCAAUGGACUCCCAGUGUGCACACUGUUCUCAAAGGAACUUAUUUUGCUCGUUUCCUUUUGUUAGUGUAUCUUAAGCAAGCGUGAAAAACCAGAAGAGAUGCUUGAUAUCAGAAUUGUUCACAGAAAUUAGAAGACACUGAUAUAAUACAUAGGCUUCAAAAAUGGAUACUCAUAUAAUAAUGAGGGAAGGAAAAAAAAAAAAAAAAAAAAAAGGAAGCAAGAAAACAAAAGUGCUCUCAUAUAUCAAAAUCUGCCCAAACCCGUCUAAAUUCG